AUGUUGAAGUACUUCAACGAGAACGUCUCCCUAGCGCUGCAGGAGAGGUACAGGGACCUCCAUGACUACCGGAGGGCGGACGCCGUAGAGGAGGCGGCGCCGCGCGACGCCAAGGUGCCCAAAAUAGCUGACGAGGGCGAUACGGUCGGCGGCGAGGGCGCUUACGAGGGGGGCGCCGCGCCGCCGUACCAGAGACUCCUCGAGCAGCCCAAGGAGGAGGAGAGCUUCGUGGCCUCGUGGCUGCAGAGCUCGUUCAAGAUGACGGCGGCCGAUGGCAACGAGGCGGCGGCCGGUGGCAGCGCCUUGGACCUCCGCGCCGCCCCGCUCUCCCUACACAUACCAGCGCUGACGGAAGCGCAGCGCCAGUUCAAGAUGCAGGACUUCUGGAAUAGGAGCAGACCGACCACCCCCGCCCAGGAGCACCCGGAGCCCCUCAACCAGCCGGGUCCCGCUCCGCAGACGCCACAGCCACCAGCGACCCCCGACCACAAGAUCAUGGCCGAGAAGCUAGUCAGCGAAAUCCAGCAACAGCAGCAAUCGCCCUCAGCAGACUCGACAAUGAGCGAGCGAUCUAUCGUGCCAUUCGCACUGGUAAAUUUACUGUCAUCACUCAGUAAUAUCGAUCCACAACAGCAGUCGCCUACGGGAGAUACAACAAUGGGAGACCGUACCACCAUGCUGCCCUUCGCUUUGCAACAAGCGCGCUCCGGGCAAAGCAUCAGCGAGCGAACGCUGGAGGAGUGCUGGUCGACGCUUCAGCGAAUCUUCAUGCACAAGAACGCAAUGCAGAUGCACGCGCGCGAGCUGCAGCGCGGCCUAGGCGGCGAGGUGAAGCCGCACCAGUGCCAGCAGUGCCUCAAGUCGUUCAGCUCGAACCACCAGCUGGUGCAGCACAUACGCGUGCACACGGGCGAGAAGCCGUACAAGUGCUCCUACUGCGACCGCCGCUUCAAGCAGCUCAGCCACGUCCAGCAGCAUACGAGACUACACACGGGCGAACGGCCGUACAAGUGCCACCUGCCCGACUGCGGCCGCGCCUUCAUCCAGCUGUCGAACCUGCAGCAGCACCUGCGGAACCACGACGCCCAGGUGGAGAGGGCCAAAAACCGCCCCUUCCACUGCAACAUCUGCGGCAAGGGUUUCGCCACUGAGAGCAGUCUACGCACUCACACGGCGAAGGAGCUGAGCGAAAUACGAAAAUCGAAGACAAUGCUAGCCGGAACAACGGCGGCAAUAUCUAAUGAGCUUCAGCUGCACCUUGGUGUUUUGCAGCAACACGCGGCGCUCAUGAUCGGCGGCGCGACCGCAACGCCCUGCCCGAUAUGCCACAAGGUCGUAUUCGGGGGCGAAGCGCUAGUCGAACACAUGAAGAACACCCAUAAGGACCCUAACGCGUCGGGUGUUGCCAGCCCACCCGCCACUUCACCGUACCCAGCGCAAGCUAAACCGGUCGAUCCUUAUAUAGCGAAGCGGCGGACCGCGAACCACCCGUGCCCCGUCUGCGGGAAGCAUUACGUGAACGAGGGCUCGCUGAGGAAGCACCUCGCCUGCCACCCGGAGACCCAGCUCACCAGCAGCCUGCGCAUGUGGCCCUGCUCCGUAUGCCAGGCGGUGUUCACGCACGAGAACGGGCUGCUCUCGCACAUGGAGCACAUGCGGAUGGAGCCCAAGCACCAGUUCGCCGCCCAAUACGUCCUCUCACGGGCGGCGGCCGAGAGGCGGGAGAGGGACAUACUGGCGGCGGUCUCCGCCUCCGCUGGGGGCUCGGGGCUGUUGAACCUGGCGCCCCCCUCGCCCGCCCACUCGGACUCCUCGUCGAACGGCCGCCUAUCGUCCUCCGCCGGGUCGGACGCCGGCGCCGGCAAGCUGGGCGACCUGCUGCGCAACAACAACGGCCAGUUCGGCGACGAGAGGGUCGCCGCGAUAGCGGCCGCCGCGGCCAACAUGAUCGCGCAGCCGGGCGAAGGGGCGAACGCCGUGCAGGUGGCAGCCGCCAACCUCGUCUCGGCGAUGAGGCAGCAACUAGCCAGAGAGCCCGAGCCGGCUCCGAGCGAAGCGGCACUUCGCAUGCAGCAGGCCGAAGCGCUUCUUCGAGGCCAAGCCGAGGCGUUGCGACUGGCCGUAUCCCAGGCGGCCGCUCACGCCGAGGCACCGCAAAGGCACAACGGCGCCUUUCCCCAGGAGCAAAUCGCGCCGGAGUUAGUGGAGGCGUUCAGAUUGGCCCAAGAGCAGGCGAUGCGCUUGCACGAUCCGCGGAUGCUCGGCUUCGUGCCGCAAGUCGCUCAGGCACAAGCUCAGGCUCAGGCCCAGGCUCAGGCUCAGGCCCAAGCUCAGGCUCAGGCCCAGGCUCAAGCUCAGCACAUGCAGUCGUCGCUGCAAGCUGCCCAACAAGCGGCCCAACAGGCAGUCCACCUCCAACAAAACCCGCAGCCCUCGCAACAUCCGAUCGUGACGUCAGUCGACACCGGACACUACACGGUUCCGGACAGUGUACACGGAACAACAGACACCGGACAUUCGAAAUACAGAGUUUUAGCAGCCCGCAACGAAACUCACAUCUCAUCCCCCCUACAAACCGCAAUAGCCCUAACGGCCGUCCCUACGGCCGCGAUGGAACGCUACGUCCGAUGUAAAGUUAACGUCGUGCGAUGUUUAGUUAACGUCGAACUCGUCGCGGCGUUAACCGCGGACGCUUGCGUUCCCCACACGGCGCCCGCGCCGCCAUCACGU